AUAGUAUUCCAUAUAGCUAUAACAGUUGUAUACUGCACUUAUGAUAGGCCAAAGCUGUGUACUAUUAAAUUGCGAAUUCUAAGGCUGCAACCAACUAGGCAAAAAACUGUGGAUCCAAAGUACUCAAUUAAAUUGAUCCCACUGAAAACAAAGGAUUAUAAAUACAAUAUUAUCAUAAUAUAUACUUGAUUAUAUAGUUCUCUUCUAUCUUUCUAUCUAUCGGUUCUCUAUAAACAAACUGGUAAUUAAUACAAUUGGAGGUGGUAUAAAUCAUGGAGACAGCUUCUCUAUUGAAAAAGAAAUCGAUUAGUACCCUUCUGGAAAGAGGAGAACAAGACUUUAGUGAGGAAGAUGAACCAUAUAUAGAUCUUGAUGUGUUUGAUAAUUCCAACUAUGAAAAUACAGUUACCACUUAUAGCAAGGAUUCAUUUAUUUAUAUAGUGAAGAAAUUCUUUAAUGAUAAAAUAGAUAAACACCCUUUAGAACAAGCAUUUAUAUUAAAGUUGGAUAUCUUCUUGAUGGCAUCAAGUAUGUUAGGAUAUUUCAUUAAGAAUUUGAAUCAAUAUAAUAUCACUUUAGCAUAUAAUAAUGGUAUGGAUGAAUAUUAUAAAAUGGAUAAAAAUCAAUUUAAUUAUCUUUUAUCUAUAUGGACCGUUGGUUAUAUCGUGGGUCAACUUCCAGCAAACUAUUUAAUACAUCAUAAUCUUAUUAAUUUCCGAUAUUUCCUUGGUUUCAUACAAUUUGCAUGGAGUUUCUUAGCCAUUUUACAAUACAAUGCAACUUCAUUGACUGAGUUUUAUAUCUUGAGAUUCGUUUUGGCUCUUUUAGAAGCUCCCUUGUUUAUUUCAUUAGAGUAUCUUUUAGGUAGUUGGUAUUACCCUGCAGAAAUAAAUAAAAGAUCAACAUACCUUGCCAUAAGUUCAGGAAUUGCAUCGGUAAUAGCUGGUCCAUUACAACAAUUAAUCAUAGAAUUAAGUAAAGAUUCAAAUAUACCUCCAUUCAAAUUGAAUUUUCUUUUGGAUGCUAUAAUUAGUUUACCAAUAGCGGCAUUCACAAUGAUUGCUAAUCCAAAUCUACCAACUAAUACUACUAAUUGGUAUUGGAAUGAUACUGAUAAACUAAUUGCAUUGGAAAGAAGGAGGAAAAUGGGUGCAAAAAUAGAUAAGCCACAUCAGAAGAAAUCAACAAGCUCGUAUAAAUCAUAUCUUGGCAAAUGGCAAAUAUGGAUAUUUCCCAUGAUGUUCUGGGCAUUCAAUAAUGGUGGCCAUGUUACAAGUCAACCAACUUUAGUAAGUUGGAUGAAAAUGGAAUUGAAUUUACCUUCUGAAUAUUAUAAUAUCAUACCUUCUAUUAUCCAUUUCGUUGGUAUAAUAUUCGCUAUAACAGUAGGAUACUUAAAUGAUUAUCUUGGUGGGAUUUAUAAUCACGUCUUUCUCAAGAUUUAUUUCGCAUCAAUGGUAAUUGGAUGUCUUUUAUUAAGUUAUUGGGAUUUACCACUAUGGUUGCAUUGGUUUUCAUUCUUUUUAAUUGGUGUUCCGGGCUCUUGGGGACAACCUCAAAUAUACAGUUGGAUUAAUAGAAUUAUGGUCAAGGAUGAUUCAUUUAGAAGUUUUCUUAUUAGUGUAACUAAUACUUUAGCUUAUGUUAUUGGAAGUGUGGUUCCUAUAUUUGUAUUCGAUAGCAAGUACAGACCAAAGUAUUUUAUUGGUUUUGUAUAUACUGCAUGUCUAAGCUUUUUUGGUUUGAUUAUGACUUAUGUUGCUGACAGUUAUACUAAGAGGGAUGAGCAUAGAGAAAAGUACAAUGCGGUUAUAGAAGUUGAACUUUAAUUAAUUAUUAUUUACAGUUAUAUAUAACUUUUCAGUUAACUAUACAAUUUGCAUGGAUUUGAAAAUCAAUCUUGAAUCAUAUUUAAUGAUUUGAUGUAGACUAUGAAAGUUAUAUCUGUUUAUUAAAACCAAGAUAAUUUAUCAUUACCUUCCCAGAUUAAAUCACCCGAUUGUAACUUGUCGUCGUCAACUUUAUUAUUAAUUAAAAUAGCAGAUCUUGAACUAUUCUCAAGACCAGCCUUAGAUUUCCAUUUAGAUACUAAGAUCUUCUUAUUCUUUUCACUGACUUCUGAUUCCCAAACACUGAUCUUGACAGUAGUUUGACCUACGUUAUCUUCGUUCUUUAAUAAGUGGUUCUUUAACAAACUCAAUAAUUUCAAAGAAGCUGUUUCUUUAUCAUUACCAUCAACGACAACGAUC